AAACAAAUCCACCCGUGAAAUAGAUCAUUUCCAACGCAAAUAAAUACCGUCAUCAACAAUUGAUCAAUAAUAUUUCAAUCUUUGUGUCUGAACAACCAUAACAACAAAAUACCUUUACAAUAACAACCAAAUCUUCACAAAUAUGGAAGGAAUGGAAACAAUAACAAAUCUGCCUCCAACUGAACCUUCCAAUCAACAACAACAAGAUGAAGAAAAUAAUUACAUGACCUUCUUCACUAAAGGGAAUACUCUAUUUGAAAGUGGAUCUUUUCCUGAAGCCUAUGAGGAAAUUGAAAAGGCAAUCCAAAUACUCGUAGAACAAGCUCAAUCCAAAGCCAUGAAAACCAUGAUCAAAGAAGAGGAAGAAACAACCGAUUUAACUCUCAAGAGGGUCAAUCAACAACAAACAUUCUUUCAACGAAGAAUUGUUAAAUAUAGUAAAUUUCUAUACAGAGAAUUACAAUCAACAGAUAGUCCAAGUGAUUCUUCCAAUACUAAUGAUUCGAUUGGUCCACAUUAUGUCUAUGAACAUUUAAAGAUGGCCUUAAAUUGUAGAGCCAAAAUAUUAAUUGCUUUAGGAUAUCCAGCAAUGGCACUUUUGGAUUCGUUUUUUGUUUUGGAAAAGCUGGAAUUCCCACAAAGUUUGGAACAAGGUGAUGAUGCAGUUGAUGGAAUGAUUAAUGCCUUUAUAGCAAUGAAAAAUUAUACACUUGCUCUUCAAAACAUCAAUGUUCAAAUUCAAAAUUAUCAAAUCCAAUCGAUUGAGAAUGAAAAAACAAAACAAUUGAACGAAAAGAAAGAUUGGAUACUCAAUGAAAUUAAAACAAAUCAAAAUGAUCAAACACCAUCUCAACCUCUUGAUUUUAAAUUUCCAAUUCCAACUUUCAAAAGAAAAUUAGAAAACAUUCUUGGCAAUCGAACUGAAACAGACGACCAAGUUGUACAAGGUCUAUUGAAAGAGUGCUCACCCCUCCAUGCACAUGUUAUAACUACUGAACAAUAUGGCAGAGGCAUGUAUGCAUCGAGUGAAUUGAAAUCUGGGCAAGUAGUUCUUUCUGAGAAACCAUUUCUAUGUGUUACAUUGGACACUGAAAAUACUUGCAAUAAUUGCUUGAAUAAGCUUAAAAAGAAAAUACCAUGCAAAAACAAUUGUGGAAUGGAAUAUUAUUGUUCAAUGGAAUGUAGAAGUGAAGCAUGGGAUAAAUAUCAUAGAAAAUUGUGUGGCUUUGAUAUGAGGAAUAUAAACAAGAUGAUUGUCAGUGGCAGCACUAAUUCAGCAAAGAAUCAUUUGUAUGCUAUCAAGUUUUUGGGGAUGUUAUUGCAGAUAGUUUAUCCACAAGGUGAAUUAAAACAACAAGAGAUUAGAUAUGUUCAGUUUAUUGAAAAAUUAGAAGAAAAUAAUUCAAGUUUUAAAUGCUUAAUUGCUUGGCCAAAUAUUUUAAAUGAUUUAAUUGGAAAACUGAGCUAUCAUGUAUCAUUGGAUAAGAUUGGAAAUAACAGUUUUAAAUAUGGUGAUGCAAUGUCUAAUGGUGUUGCUCUUAGUUCAACACUUCCAAAAACAAUUGUAUACACGAAUCACAGUUGUGUUCCAAAUGUGGAAUAUAGAUACGAAAAUGGAAAAUGCUCUUUGGUAGCUUUGAGAAAGAUUAAGAAAGGUGAACAAUUGUUUAUUUCCUAUGUGAAUCCUUCACUGAGUGCCCAGAAGAGAGCAGAGUCUAUUCUUCCCUAUAUUUUUGUUUGUGAAUGUGAAAAGUGUGAAAAGGAUGGUUGUAACAAAAUACAGACAAAGUUGAUGCAAAACUACAAGAAAAACAAUCUAAUUGGUAACGAUUUACAAUUCAGAGACAACAAGUACACAUACUGUGGAUCAUAUGAUCUUUCACAGUGGUUGGUUCUCUGCUUUAAUACUAUGGUCAAAGAAGACGAAAAGUUAUUUGCAGAGAUUGUAAUUCCUUUGGUUGCAUACAUUUCCAUUGUUGAUGAUGCAUGUGACGAGAAGAUUACAGACAUUUCUAUUGAAGAGAUGAAAUCACAUUGCAAGAUAUUCAGAGGUGAAUCAGUACAAGCAACAAAUCCUGCUCAUAAGAUGGGGACGCUCGUCUAUAAUCUGAUCAAAGACAGUAGAUUCGAUGGUAUCAGAGGAAAGGUUUUGGAAUUCUUGACUAUUGGAACCAAUCUCAUAGAGAAGGCAAAGAAUGAAUGUGAAAAUAAUGGACUAGUCUCAGAAGAAACCUUACUUGCCUUUUUGGAAGAGAGAAGAGUCGACUCAAUGUCCUCUCUUUUCUUUACAAUUAAUAAUUUCUUUAAAGGCAUUCCAGAAAUCGACACAUGUGAUCAUGUAAUCGAAUAUAACCACUUGGCUUGUGACAUUAUCAGUUUGUUCAAUGAUGUUGCCUCAAUCGCUAAAGAUGCCAAGAAGGUAGUUAACAAUUUUAUCAUUUUGAAUAAGGGAUUCAAGGAGGGCUUGUCAUACAGCCAACUAAAAGAACUCCCAGUUGAAGAUUUUGAGUCAUCCCUCAAUGAAGUAUUGGAAUUAAUCAAAGAGAAAUUGCAGCGAAUGGAAACAAUCAAAUCUUCCAACCCAGACAAUUCCAAACAAUUUGAAUCCAUCGAUGAAGUAAUGAAUGGAUAUUGUACUUGGUGCAUCAUUUCAAAGAGAUUUCAACAUUCCAACCACCUCCUUCCUGAAUACCACUCCAAGAAAUCAGUAAUCAAGACAAUGAUUGAAACUGUGUUAAUGCCAUUCCUCAAACCUUGGUCUGAUAAUGAUAUGCUCACCUAUCUUGAUGAUAUUGAAAAUUCCAUGAAGAAAUCCUCCUUUUCAUGCAUAUUGGACUCAUUUGCUUACUCGAUCUGCAAAUUUUGCACUUUUUCACUCACUAAUUAG